AUGCUGCAGGAGAUCAACCUGAGCUUCAGCAGCCACCACCUCCAGCAUCACAACGAACCACCACCACCACCACCGUCAUCAUCAUCAUCAUCAGGUGCAGCUCGAGGAUUCUUUGGGAGCUCCGCUGGUACACAGAGGAAGGAGCCCACACGCGACAAAUGCUCGUGGGCACAGUCGAGCGUGUCGAAUGAGGAAGCAGCUACGCGGACUCCUCGGUGUUCUGUUCCCAUCCAGACGAGCCUCUCACUUGGGGCGGGGGAGGGGGGUCAUGGCAGCCCGGCGCUUAACGGAGCCUCGUUGGCAGGAGGAGUAAAUGGGAACGCACAUCUUCCGAGCGUUAGAAAGAUGGAGCGAUUUUUUCUGCUCGUUCUCAGCUGCUUUGGCGUCUCGCGGGUCUCAGCGGAUACCCUGUCGCCCCCUGUCAAUGUUACCAUUAAAGCAGUGAAAGCUAACUCUGCUCUGGUGACAUGGGACAUCCCCGAGGGAGACCCUGUCAUUGGCUUUGCCAUCACACAGCAGAAAAAAGACGUGCGCAUGCUACGAUUCAUCCAGGAAGUCAACACCACCACACGCUCCUGUGCAUUAUGGGACUUAGAGGAGGAGACAGACUACAUUGUACAUGUCCAGUCCAUCAGCAUGUUUGGGAUGAGUCCUCAAAGCGAACCGUUACGCUUCCGAACGCCAAAGGAGGCCGAUACGCAGGCUUCUAAGAAUAAAGACGAGGUAACAAUGGAGGAAGUGGGCCAGACCAACCAGUUGAGGGCGGGGGAGCUCAUCAUCAUUGUGGUGGUGCUUAUCAUGUGGGCAGGUGUGAUCGCUCUCUUCUGUCGCCAGUAUGACAUCAUCAAAGACAAUGAGCCCAACAACAACAAGGACAAAGCCAAAAACUCAUCAGAGUGCAGCACUCCUGAACACCCGACAGGGGGGCUGUUGCGUAGUAAGUUCUCCAGAAACAACAAUAGGAUGCCAUCUGUCAACAUAAUUGAAGUGUGACUGUCUUCUCUGUAUGCUAAAGACUUGGUGUUCUCACAAAAAGUGGGCCCUUUUAAGCAAAUCUGUUUGUCAGAAUGUUUUGCUUACGUCUCCUUUGCCGCGGGCCUGCCAAUGAACCAAAGCUUGCGGGACU